AUGGUAAAAAACGUCUACAAAGACGCCUGCAGCGUCAAGUUGAACGUUUCCUGCAACGACGGUGCCUCCACUGACUACGAGGAGGCUUGCUGGGUCUCCACAUCGGGAGUUUCGGCAGGGGAGAGGGCUCACCCCGAAACGGGAACCUCGGGCCUGCCAGGAAAGCCAGGUUGGUCCAGUUCUCAGACUAACGACAACCGUAAAGCAGGGUACGCCCCGGGAGCCGGUGUGAGCUCGAGGAGGUCUGGUCGGUCCCGAGUCUGGACCAGCGCCGUGCUGAAGGCCGUCGCCGUGGGGAACUUCGUUCUGAUCUUCUGUCUCACGGGCACAGCUAUCUUUCUAGCUCUGGAGGUGUCGGAUCUACAAAUGUCUGACCAGAAAACGGCCUACGAGCUGUCGGGCUUGAGGCUGUCCCUCAUCAAGCGUUAUCAUGAGCUGUCCGACCUGAAGCUGGCAUUCCACCGACUCGACAGGAAGGCAGCUGAGUUCCAGGAAAACAUCCCCCGAUGGAUGCAACAGACAGGGGCUGUGCCGGCAAGGCUCGUCAAAACUGAGGAAGCUCUGUGCGAUGCUGCAGCCAGCGUGGCACAGCGGAACGACUCUGGGCUUGAGGAGGAGUCGCUGGAGGACGACAUGAUGAACCCACAAGACAAACCGGAGGAGGGGAACGCCACGACCCCACUAGCACUGCCGGUAGCAGUGACCUGCCCGAACGGUUACAAAAACUAUCGCGAAGUCUGCUACAAAGUCUUUGCCACCAAGAAGGCGUUCUACGAGGCGGCCAAGACCUGCCAGGCCGACGGAGGCACCCUCGCCAUGCCCCGAGACGCCGAGAUCGACGCCUUCCUGAUCUCCCUGAAGAACAACGCAACACAGGAUCAGGGAGCCUGGUUCGGCUUACAUGAUGAGGGAAAAGGAGGGUUUGCAGAAAAGCCUGGCUAG